UCAGGUUAGAGGUCAGAGGUCAGUCUGCGCGCCUCACACUAACUGUGGAGAACAGAGAACAGUUCCGUGACAAACAAGAAGUUACACACAGACCAGUGUCCACGGUGUUUCUUCAAAACAGCACCGUAAAGCUACAAAGGAACAGCAGCUACUGCGGUUUCUCGCCGGGGAGCUCGCUGAUUGUUGUUCGAGUAUCGGUUAGCCCGGCUAGCCUCGUUAGCCACUUUAGCUGGCUGAUGAAGAAGUCACUAGCUAACUAGCUAAACUUUUAAACUAGCUAACAGAAACGGACAUUUCUCGGACCGCGGUGCAGCAAACAAACGCGUGCAGACAUGCAGGACCUACUGGCUAACGUGGACCACAUCAAGUUCGACCUGGAGAUCGCUGUGGAGCAGCAGCUAGGAGCUCAGCCGCUGCCCUUUCCCGGCAUGGACAAAUCCGGUUCUGCUGUGUGUGAGUUCUUCAUGAGAGCAGCUUGUCUGAAAGGCGGCAUGUGUCCGUUCCGUCACAUCAGUGGGGAGAAGACGGUGGUGUGUAAGCACUGGCUCCGAGGACUGUGUAAGAAGGGAGACCAGUGCGAGUUUCUCCAUGAAUACGACAUGACCAAGAUGCCUGAAUGCUACUUCUACUCCAAGUUUGGUGAGUGUAGCAACAAGGAAUGUCCAUUCUUGCACAUUGAUCCAGAGUCCAAGAUCAAAGACUGUCCUUGGUACGACAGAGGCUUCUGCAAACAUGGUCCCGACUGCAGACACAGACACACAAGAAGGGUGAUCUGUGUGAACUACCUGGUGGGCUUCUGUCCAGAAGGAAAAUCCUGUAAAUUCAUGCACCCUCGUUUUGAGUUGCCCAUGGGAGCGUCUGAACAGCCUCCUCUGCCACAGCAAACCCAGAACCAGACAAAGCCUGUGCCGACCAUCGGCCGCUCGUCGCUCUCUCUAAUCCAGCUGACCAACUCCAGUUCAGGCCAGCGGCCGCAGAACAACAUGGUGCCGGGUGCUGUUCAGCAAAAUAACAUGUCCGCCAACAGAGGGCCUCGUCCACUGGACCAGGUCACCUGCUACAAGUGUGGCGAGAAAGGCCACUAUGCCAACAAAUGCACCAAAGGCCAUCUUGCCUUCCUGAGCGGACAGUAACCUUCAGCCUCACGGUCCAAACGCCACAGCGCUGCAGGUUGCCGCCCCGAGGAGACGAGAGGACGUACCCUCUGUUCCACAGGCUGAAGUUCAACUUACAGACUUUUUUUUUUGCCUCUUCCAAACGGGAUACAUGAAAAUGACAAACAGAAAAGACACUGCGGUCACGUCUGAACGACUUCACACGACUCUGGAGAAAUAGGCGUUUAAAUAGACACACCCAGGGUCCAGUCUGCAGCAACCGUCCCCACGGAGGUGCAGCGCUGUAACAUGUUGUUUCCUCAGGUCACGUGACUGUAUCUGUGAAAACAGACCAGCGAUUUGAGCCCGCAACUUCUAGUAAAUCUGUCUGACGAUGUUAAUAAAAGAAACAGAAAUGUGAUAAAUGGAGCCCCCUGCAUCACUACCUGAAACCUAUCCCACACACACAAUUUACUUUUCAACCAUAACUGCAUAUUUGUUUCUUCAUUUACAAUCUUGGACAUUAUUUACCAUUAAACGCAGAGGCUCUGUGUUUCUAGAUCUGAUCAGACAUUAACAGAAAGUUCAAGUUUGCGGUGCUCAGCUCAAAUUGUGUCUGAGGAUAAGUUUCAUUGUUGAUAGUCAGUGACACAGUCUGAACAUAUUCUUACAAUCUGUACAGUGUGUGCAAAUAAAUGUUCUUGU